AUGGCUUUUCAUCAGAAGAAUCCACAGCGCUCACCCAACCAGCCCCUUCAGAGCCGCAGCAAGAGGGCCUGUCUCUCCCCCUACCCUCCCAUGCCUGGCAGUUUGAAGGAGGCUCCUGCUGCUGUUAUCCCCAGUACUCCUGAGAGUCCUCAGAGUUUCUGCUCCUCCUCAAUGGCCACCAUGGCCAUCCUAUCAAGUAAAUCUGGUGAGGGAUCCGGUAGCCAAGGGGAAGGGGUUAGCACCUUAGAGGCAAUUUCAGGCCCCAAGAAUGUGCCCGUAGAUGCUCUAGAUGAAAGGGCAGCUUGGUUGGUGGAUUUUCUGCUGUUCAAGUAUGAAAAGAAAGGAGCAAUAACCAAGGCAGAAAUGUUGAAGAUUGUCAACAAGCUGUACCAAGACCACUUCACUGAUAUCUUAGCGAGAGCCUCUGAGCGCAUGGAGGUAAUCUUUGGCCUUGAUGUGAAGGAAGUGGAUCCCAUCCAGCACCGCUAUGCCAUCUUCAUCAAAUUGGGCCUCACCUAUGAUGGGAUGCUGCAUGGUGUAAAGGGCGUGCCCAAGACCGGUGUCCUGAUACUUCUCCUGGGGGCCAUCUUCAUGAAUGGCAACCGUGCCACUGAAGAGGAAAUCUGGGAAAUUCUGAGUGUGAUGAAGUUAUAUCCUGGGAAGAAGCACUACAUCUUUGGAGAUCCCACGAGUCUCAUCACCAGACAUUUCGUGGAAGAGAAUUACCUGACGUACCGGCAGGCGACCAACAGUUAUACUGCACAACGUGAAUACCUGUGGGGCCAGCGAGCGCGUGCUGAAACCACCAAGAUGCAAGUCCUAAAGUUUCUGGCCAAGGUUCAUGGGUCUGACCCACGUUCUUUCACAUCUCUGUAUGAGGAGGCGUUUGAGGAAGAACAAGCAAGAUCUCAGGUCAAAAUUGCCACUGCAGCUAUCAAUAAUCCUGACCAUUGCUAG